AUGCGUAUUAUAGCAUUCUAUAACGAUCUCACGCCAAUAUUGGUGCGACUCCAACAGAAAGUCAGUGAUUUCUCGUUUGCUCGUCAGACGGAAAAGGAAGAUCUUAUGCGAUCGAUGCAGCAGAAUAUUGUCUCUGGAGGAUCUGGUGGCAGCGGAGGUGGCAGUGCGGCUAAAUCGCCUCCACCACGUCCUCCACCACCCGCCACUCGUACCGAAGUAGAGCCACCGAUUCCACCACCACGAACCCAGCAGAGCCUACAAGCUGUACCGGGAACACCGACAGGACAAAUGCAACAACUUGCUCCAGCUCCUCAACUUCCACAUCCAGGAUAUUAUCAACAACCCGUGCCAUAUGGUACGCCAUUCUUGUACCAGCCGCAGUACCAACCAAACUUCGCAAAUCCUUACCCGACAUUCCCAGGAGCGUUCCCGAACUAUCAACAAUAUGGUCAAUUCCCUCCUCCACCACAGCAACAGAAUCCCUUCGCUCCUGGAUACAACACCCCACAGCAAGGAUUCAACGCGCAAUAA